AUGGGAAGUAUACUCUUCAGCAAUGACAGGCAAUGGCAGGGAGGUCCCGAGAUUGUGCUCGAAGGCAGAGAGAAGUACUUGAAGACCGAAGACCCGAAGCACUCACAGGGAGGUCCCGAGAUCGUGCCGGAAGACAAACAGAAGUACCCGAAGACCAAAGUUCCAAAGCGCUCGCAAGGAGGUCCUGAGAUUGUGCUUGAAGACAGAGAGAAGUACCCGAAGACUGAAGUCCGGAAGCCCUCCAAAGGAGGGUUCGAGAUGUACCAAAGGACCAAAGUCCCGCAGCACUCUAAAGGUCUCUGCAUCGUGCAAUCUAUACUACAAGCCGUAGUGAUCGCGGCAACUGCAGUGGCUCUGUAUGUUUUGGUGACUAGCAAGCAGGAAGCCGUGAUUAUGGGCUUGGUCUUUGAGGCCAAGUACAGCUACUCACCAGCCUUCAAGUUCUUGGCGGGUGCGGACGCUGUUGUAUGUGGUUUCUCUGCAUUGUCAUUGAUAAUCUCCUGCGUUGCCGGGUCACAUUCGAAAUCCUGCAGUCAUUUCGUCCUUUUUCUGCAUGACUUGGUCAUGACGAUGCUGAUGAUCUCAGCGUUCUCAGCAGCAAUACGUGAAGGCGCCAUUGCUAAGUAUGGUGCGGAGCACAUGGGGUGGACGGCCCUCUGCAAUAGAGUCCCUGAGUUUUGCAACAGAGUCACGAUCUCAGCUGGGUUGUCCGCUUUCUCCUGCGUUGCUUACUUUUUACUUACAAUCAUGUCUGCUAGACGGUUAAUGUUCUCUUCUUCCAACUAA